AUGAAUAAUAGUGAACAUCAAUCACUAUCAAUGAUUAUUAAUUAUGAUAAAAAAUUAAUUAAAAAAUUUCGAAAAUUAACGGAAAAGGUUUUACAUUCAGACAUUAAUCAUAAUAAAAAACAAGAAUAUCUUGAACAAUUUAGAGAUGGAGUUAAUGAAAAAGAAGAUUAUUCUACAUAUAAAACAUUGACGGCAAAUAGCAUAAAUGAUGAUACGUUGGUUGAAUCAAAUAGGAUUUUUCUAAAAAACAAACAGAUUGAAGCAAAAUUUAAAGAAAAUAAAAAGGAAAAAAUUGUUAAUAAAUUAGAAGAAAUUAAAACUAAUUUAAUUGAAAUAGAAUGUCCUAGUUGUGCAUAUUUAAAUCAUCCAAUAAUGAUAAAAUGUGAAACUAGGUUAACAAUUUUAUCAAUCAAUGACCCUGAUUAUAUUAAAUUUAGAAAUAUUUUAAUAUCUGAAAUACCAAAAUCUAAUGUUAAAGGUGUAAUUAAAAUAGAUAUGCCAACAAAAUUGUUGAAAAACCAUGAAAAGUAUAAAAAAAAUAUAUCAAAAAAGACCGGUUUACCAUUAGAAAAAAUCACUCAUCAAGUAUUUCAUGGAACAACAACAAGGUUCGGUUGUAAUCCUGAAAGAUUUUUAGUGAAUCACAAUUUCUAUAAUGAAAACUAUGAUUGUAAAUUUUGUAAAAAAGGUUGUGGAAUGUGUGGAAUCCUACAAUAUGGAAAUAAAAAACAACUUUCUAAACAUUCAAAAAAAAUGUGGUUUGCACAUAGUACUUUGGUUUCACGUCAUUAUACAGGAUUUAAUUCUAUAAAAGUGAUGUUUGUUGUUGAGGUAGUAUCAAAAGAUAAUAAUUGGAUUCUUGUUGUAAGGAAAAAUAAGGCAACACUUCCAAAAUUUAUGAUUAUCUUUGAACAAUAA